CUCCGAUGGCGGAACAUGGCGGAAUAAUCUCGCUUCACUUUGUGGAGUAUUUGUUUGUACGACCGUGUUAAGAAUUGUUCGUAAUGUGCGGACGAGCAGGUCCAAACUGAACCAAGUCAUCGUGGACGUUGAAAGUUUAAGGUUCGUAGUAAAAGCGACCAAAGCUCAACGCGCCCAUCAGGCCCAUUAAAAGCUCUCUGUCCCUGCGCCUAAAGCCCUUGAGUGGCUCACGAGCUGGGCGUUGGGCCAGGCCGUGCAUCGCCAGACCGGUGAGUUCCCACACAAAAUAUCGCUUGGUAGCACGGCGGGCACUCAAAGCCAACUAACCAUGUCUGUACAAAGUGUUGCUCUGGCAUCUCUCACGGCCACCUAUACCGACUCGGAGGGCGAGGACGGGGUGGAAGACGAGCGCCUGCAGGAGGAGAAUUCGAACACUCCCCAGGGGGCCGCCCCGCAUAAUGCCCAAGUCGGUCGUCAGCCCCAGGCCCGAUCUGGCACCAGUCCCAUAUCUGGAGGCCGUUCAGCCUCGCAUAGUCCCGCCGUCGGCAAGUCCGCGGGUAGUAGCGACUUGCCGGAAACGGCUACAAAGGUGCAGCGAUUGGUCUCUUAUUUUGACGAUGCGGUAGUCUCCGACGAUGAGGGGGCGGCCGUUGCUGUGUUGCUACCGUCGCUGCCGCCGGUGCCGUCGUCAUCAUCGUUGAUGACGGUGGGCACAGCGAUUGCCGCGACGGUUGCAGAACGCCCCGAGGAGAAUGGUCUCCCGGUCGCGGGUACUGGCAACAUCGCCGCUACCACCGUCACCGCUGCUGCCGUCGUCGUUGUCGGCGGUGGCGCUGAGCGUCGGUCGCCCUCCUCGCGUUCCGGAGAAUUGCUUUCAGAUAAUAACGGUGAGGCAGGGGACUCUUAUGGUGUGACGAUACCACCGGAACCACCGGGUCAAUGUCCCGCUGAGCUGCAGGACAAGAUUGCGAGGCUCUAUAGGAAAAUGGAGAGCGGCGGGUUGGACAUGAACAUGAUGAUUCAACAGCGCAAGGAAUUCCGGAAUCCCUCCAUUUACGAAAAACUCAUUCAGUUUUGUAGCAUCAACGAGCUGGGCACCAACUACCCACCGGACAGGUUCGACCCAUUCAAGUGGAGCAAGGACUCGUAUUACGAGGAACUUGCUCUAGUGCAGAAGGCGGAGAUGGAUAAGCUCGAGAAGGCGCGCAAAGAGAAGACGAAGAUCGAGAUUGUAUCCGGUACGGCUAAGCGACCCAAUAGCUCAUCAAGCAGCGCCGAGAGUGCCGACGCCAAAAAACGGAAAAGUAAGUGGGACCAAGUGGCGACGGGUGGUGCAGCUGCCGCUGUCGCUGUCGCGGAAAAAAAAACCGCCAAACCCACGGUACUUCUCACACAACCCACCUUGAACCUGACAUCAUCCAGUAGCAACACCAAAUCUACCAUUUUAUCGGCCUUCGGCUCCCUGCCGAAGAAAAGAUUGUAACAUAUUGUGUAAAUGUGUGCUGUGUAAAUAAUGUCCAAUUUCCUUUAGACAGCCAUGAAGCUGCACAAAGGAAAGCGCAGUCCUGUGCGUCUCUGGAGACUUAAGUCCUUGGAUGGUUAUUGAAAUGUUUUUCCAACACGACUUUCAGAAUCAUUAAAUCAGUAUCAGUAAAUACAGAAUCAAUAACGAUAGGAGUAUGGAAAUAUAAGAGCAAAAAGCGUUCUUAUCAUAGCAUAAUCAUCAAUUGGAAUGUUUGGGCUAAAAAGUCAAGAAUUGAAAAAGAUUCACAAAAUUUAUAGAUCUGUAGAAAUUUAAGAAUUUUGUGAAUUAAAAAAUUCAAAUAUUGAAGAAUUAUAAGAUUGGAUCUGUAGACAAAUUCUAGGGAUAAUAUCAACUUAAAACAUUUCUUUACAAUAGUACAGACUAUA